UCUUCUGGUGGUUUCGGGAAAAGUUCAAAAAAUCUUUAUCUCCACCAAGCUUGUCAAUCAUUAUGCCUACCUUGGUGAUAUCUCAGCCUCGUGCCGAACUUUUAAUCAGAUAUCAAACAAGAAUGUCUAUACUUGGAAUUCAAUGCUUGUAGAAACCUACUUGAUGGGAUGAGGAUACACUGCUUGGUUUUAAAGUUGGGUUUUGAAUGGGAUGUCUUUGUUGCUGCUUCCUUGACCCAUAUGUAUACUCGGUUUGGAUUAGUAGGUUUUGCCCGGAAAUUAUUUGAUGAUAUGCCAGUACGAGAUAUGGGUUCUUGGAAUGCAAUGAUCUCAGGGUGUUGUCAAAAUGGGAAUGCUGCAGAAGCUUUAGAUGUUUUGUAUGACAUGCGAUUGGAAGGGCAUUCUACCAGCUUAUUCUCAUCUGGGAGCCCUGCAACAAGGAUUGAAAGUUCAUGGUCAGGUGUUUAAGAACUCUCUGUACUUGGAUGUCUUUGUAGGAACCUGCCUCAUUGACAUGUAUGGAAAAUGUGGGAGAUUGGAUGAUGCAAUGUUCUUAUUCUAUGAAGUCUCCAGAAAAAGUUCAGUCAGAAAAAGUUCAGUCCCUUGGAAUUCCAUAAUAUCCUGUCAUGGGAUUCAUGGUCAUGGUAAGAAGUCUGUGAAAUUGUUUAGAGAAAUGCUAGAUGAGGGUGUGAAACCUGACCAUGUUACCUUUGUAUCUCUGUUGUCAGCUUGUAGUCAUUCGGGUUUGAUUGAUGAGGGCCAAUGGUGCUUUCAUGUGAUGCGGGAACAUUAUCAGAUCCAGCCUAGUUUAAAGCACUAUGGCUGCAUGGUUGAUUUGUUUGGUCGAGCAGGGCAUUUAGAAAUGGCAUACAAUUUUAUAAAAGGUAUGCCAGUGGAGCCAGAUGCAUCUGUUUGGGGUGCUCUUCUCGCUGCUUGUAGGAUACAUGGUAAUGUUGACUUGGGCACCUCUGCUUCCAAACACUUAUUUGAAGUUGAUUCAGAGAAUGUUGGGUACUACGUUCUGUUAUCAAAUAUUUAUGCAAAUGCUGGAAAAUGGGAGAGAGUGGGUAAAGUAAGGUCACUUGCAAGAGACAGGGGAUUGAAGAAGACCCCAGGUUGGAGCUCGAUAGAAGUAAAUAAUACGGUUGAAGUUUUCUAUACUGGGAACCAAACCCAUCCAAAAUGUGAGGAGAUAUACACUGAGUUAAGGAGUUUGACUGGUAAAAUGAAAAUCCUUGGUUACAUUUCGGACUAUAGCUUUGUGUUACAGGAUGUUGAGGAGGAUGAGAAGGAGGAUAUCCUCAUGAGUCAUAGUGAGAGAUUGGCAAUGGCAUUUGGAAUUAUUAGCACUCCUCCUAAAAGUCCUAUUCGAAUAUUCAAGAACCUUCGUGUUUGUGGUGAUUGCCACAAUGCAACCAAACUCAUUUCAAAAAUAACUGAAAGGGAGAUUAUUGUUAGGGAUUCAAACCGUUUUCAUCACUUCAAGGAUGGUGUUUGCUCUUGUGGGGAUUAUUGGUGACACAUAGUUGAUAGCUGCAGCUCUUCACAUGCAGUUCCAAGACUUUGCACUUGAAAUGAGCAAGCUUAUGCUGGAUGUUGGCAAUUUUGUUUUGGAUGACACCAUCUUCUAUAGCGAGGAUUUUGAUGAUUAUAGUUCUAUAAAGAGGAAGGAGGCAUGCAAUGCGAAGAGGUAUUGAAUGAUUUGAAUUUUCUCACAUUCAAAUUUCCAAAUAGGCUGAGUUCAUCCAAUACCAGAUUGAGCUUCCCUGGUAUAUUUAAUUUCU